UAGAAAAAAGGACAAGGCUAUAGGAAAGAAAGAAACACUCUGCCGAGGACUGCAGCAAAGGCAGAGAAGUAUCUGCAGGAUGACCUCGCUACAUCAGGUGUUACAUUUUAUCUUUUUUGCCACAGUGUCUACUGAAUGUGUCACUAAGGUCUUCAAAGACAUCAGCUUUCAAGGAGGUGACCUGAGUACUGUUUUCACACCGAGCGCCACGUACUGCCGCCUGAUCUGCACUCACCACCCACGGUGCCUGCUCUUCACAUUCAUGGCUGAGUCAUCUUCCGAUGAUCCUACCAAAUGGUUUGCCUGCAUCCUGAAGGACAGCGUCACAGAAACAUUGCCAAUGGUAAACAUGACAGGCGCGGUCUCUGGAUAUUCCUUCAAGCAAUGCCCUCAGCAAUUAAGUGCUUGCAGCAAAGAUGUGUUCGUGAACCUAGACAUGAAGGGCAUGAACUAUAACAGCUCUGUUGUGAAGAAUGCUCGAGAAUGCCAGGAGAGAUGCACAGACGAUGCCCACUGUCAGUUUUUCACAUAUGCAACAGGGCAUUUUCCCAGUGUGGGCCAUCGUAAAAUGUGUCUUUUGAAGUACACCCGGACGGGGACACCAACCACAAUAACGAAGCUCAAUAACGUGGUAUCUGGAUUUUCACUGAAGUCCUGUGGACUUUCAAACUUGGCUUGUAUCAGGGACAUUUUCCCGAACACGGUGCUGGCAGACCUUAACAUUGACAGCGUGGUGGCCCCAGAUGCUUUCGUCUGUCGUCGCAUCUGCACGCAUCACCCCACUUGUUUGUUCUUCACAUUCUUUUCCCAAGCAUGGCCAAAAGAGUCUCAGAGACAUCUUUGUCUCCUUAAAACAUCUGAAAGUGGGUUACCAAGCACACGCAUUACAACGAGCCACGCCCUUUCCGGGUUCAGUCUCCAGCACUGCAGGCACAGCGUCCCAGUGUUCUGCCAUCCGUCCUUUUACAAUGACACUGAUUUCUUGGGAGAAGAGCUGGACAUCGUCGAUGUGAAAGGCCAAGAAACCUGCCAGAAAACGUGCACCAAUAAUGCCCGCUGCCAGUUCUUUACCUAUUAUCCAUCACGAGGAUCUUGCAAUGAAAGGAAGGACAGAUGUUACUUAAAGCUCUCCUCAAAUGGAUCUCCGACUAGAAUCCUUCAUGGGAAGGGAGGCAUCUCUGGAUACUCACUGAGGCUGUGCAAAAUGGAUAAUGUGUGCACAACCAAAAUCAAGCCCAGGGUGGUGGGAGGAGCUGCGUCUGUUCACGGUGAGUGGCCGUGGCAGGUGACCCUGCACACCAGCCGGGGACACCUGUGUGGAGGCUCCAUCAUCGGAAACCAGUGGAUACUGACAGCGGCUCAUUGUUUCUCUGAGAUAGAGACACCUAAAAAUCUGCGUGUCUACGGUGGCAUUAUAAAUCAAUCAGAAAUAAAUGAAGAUACUGCUUUCUUCAAGGUUCAAGAAAUGAUAAUUCAUGAUCAGUAUACGACGGCAGAAAGUGGGUAUGAUAUUGCCCUGUUAAAACUGGAAUCAGCCAUGAAUUACACAGAUUUUCAGCGGCCAAUAUGCCUGCCUUCCAAAGGAGACAAAAAUGCCGGGCACACAGAAUGUUGGGUGACUGGAUGGGGGUACACAGAACUAAGAGGUGAAGUACAAAGUACUCUCCAGAAAGCCAAGGUACCAUUGGUGUCAAAUGAAGAAUGUCAGAUAAGAUACAGAAGACAUAAAAUAACCAACAAGAUGAUCUGUGCUGGCUACAAAGAAGGAGGGAAGGAUACAUGCAAGGGAGAUUCUGGAGGGCCCCUGUCUUGCAAAUACAAUGGGGUCUGGCAUUUGGUGGGCAUCACAAGCUGGGGUGAAGGUUGUGGUCAGAAGGAGAGACCAGGGAUCUACACCAACGUGGCCAAGUACGUGGACUGGAUUUUGGAGAAAACUCAAACAGUCUGAAAGAGUUCAAUGGGUAUCAAUCACUUCGUGGCCCUGGAAGAUUAGUCCAUAGAAGCGAGCUUGACAUCUCCGAUGAAGACAGAGGGAUGCUGAAUCUUCCACUGUAACUAGCGGAAGGGCCUUGAUGUAUGUAAGAACACCCAGAAAGAAAACUAUUAUUUUCAGAAUUCCUGAUCUGGGAGAACCACAGGUGGUUUUCUGCAUCCAGCUGACUCAAGGAAACAAAUACAGCAAGGAGAUUUUUAAAAAUAAAAAACAUAGCAGAUAUACAAGGAAAGUAUCAAGUAAGGGCGCUGUCUGCCUUUUUAGUCUCUGUGACAAAUACCUAAAGCAGCUCACCAAAGGAAAAAUCUUCUUUUGCACACCUUUCCUGAGGUUUCAGCCUGUGCUCUGGUUGGCUGGCCCCAUUGCUUUAGCCUGAGGAGAGGCAGAGAAAUAUGGCCAUAGGAGCCUGUGGAGAAGCUCACGGUAGGCAGGAAGCAAAUGGAAACAGAAAAGUACUGAGGACAGGAAUGGUCCACUAAGAAUAUACUGUCAAUCAUUUACUUCUUCCAGAGACAUCCUACUCCCUAAACUCCCUCUCCUUCCCAGAUGGCACCACUGGCCGGAGACAGGCCUAGCUGGCACCAAGAGAUUAGGUAGAAUGGCAGAGGAAACCAUACAAAGAGUUGUUAAGUGCAAAAUCAAAGCCAGAAGAAAUGCAGACAGGAGCUCAAAGUGUCUAUCUGCAAGAAUCUUUUCUUCUCUGUCUCUAUGAAUCCCCUACUGUGUAAAGGAAGACUGUGCCAGUUCAGUGAUGGGUUUUGAGAAGUCUGUUUGGUUUUGUGAAAGUGUGAAAGUGUGAAAGUGUGUGUGUGUGUGUGUGUGUGUGUGUGUGUGUGUCUUUGCACAUUCGAAUUUAGGUAUGCACAGGUACCUGGUGGGGGCGAUCAACCUUGCAUUGUUUCUCAUGUGCCAUCUACCCUAGCUUUUCAAAGACAGUGUCUUACUGGGAUUGGAGACUUAGGCUAAGCUAGCUAUCUAGCAAGUCCAGGGACCGUUCUGUCUCUAUCUCCCCAAACUGGAAUUAAGAAGACAUGCCAUGGUGCUUAACUUAAAUCAAUCAAUCAAUCAAUCAACCAAUUAAUCUCUCACUCCUUCCUCCUUCUCUCCCUCCCCCUCUCUCUUUGGGUGUGCACGUGCACAUGUGCAAGUCAUAGUGUAUGUGCAGGGCAGUGGACAAUCUUCAGGAGUCACUGCUCACCUUCUAUCAUGUAAGGUCCAGGGAUGGACAUUAGGUGUUCAGAUUUGGUGACAAAUGUCUGUACCUUCUUAGCCACGUCACAAGCCAGCUGUCCAGAUUUCCUACAGAUGCUGGGAAUCAAAACAUGAGUCCUCAGGUUUGCCUAGCAAGCAUCAUUACUGACUUUGCCUAGCAAGCAUCAUUACCGACUGAGCUCUCCAGUGGCCUUUUCAGUCUUCUCGCUGCAUUUUCUCAAACUGGUUUGGACAAGCACCACUGCAGGUAUUAAGUGCAGACUUCCUAAUUUCCAUAUGGGCGGGGUAUAGGAGGAGCAAUUUUCCAGGAACUGGUCCCUUGAAGACACAUUGUACUGAUUUGCUUGCUUCGGAAAGUAUCUUAGCAUAGCCUGCACUCUUUUUGCAGUGUUGGGGGAAAGUACAGGUGGAUGGAGAUACGGAAGACAAGCCAAAACCUACCAAGAUCUGCCAGUGAGCGUGAGUUUACAAAAAGAGUUGA